UCUGACUUCGGAAGAUGGCUUGUCAAAUCAAAUGAAUCAGCUGCUCCGUUGCUGACGCUACUUCCGCCCUCCUUCAGUGCACCACCACUGAAUAGUGAUCUUGACUUUCUUUUAUUCAUUUUUAGCGGGAGUUCUGUAUUUUCUGGAUUCCUCCUUCCCAUAUCAAAAAUGUCAAUAUUGGGUAGCAUGAGCAACAAUGGUAGCAGCAGGGGUUCACCGUUUUUCCACGAGUUCAAGAAGCAGGCUUCCUUCUUUUUCAAAGAGAAGAUCAAGACUGCCCGCUUGGUUCUCACCGACGUUACGCCUGCUCAAUUAUUGGCCGAAGAAGCCACAAAUGGAAACCCUUGGGCACCCGACGCCCGGACUUUAAAGAUCAUAUCCAAGGCUGCUUUUGAAAUUGAUGAUUACUGGAGAAUCGUGGAGAUUCUGCAUAAGAGAUUGGCUAGAUUUGUUAGGAAGAACUGGAGGCUAUCAUACAAGGCUCUGCUUGUGCUGGAGCACUUGUUGACCCAUGGACCGGAGAGUGUCGCAGAGGAGUUUGAGGAUGACAAAUACGUAAUUAUUAUGAUGAAAACCUUUCAGCACGUUGAUGAAAAAGGAUUCAACUGGGGCCUUAAUGUUCAAAAGAAGUGCGAGAGGGUACUAAAACUGCUCGAAAGGGGCCCUCUUCUCAAGGAAGAGAGGGAUCGAGCCCGUAAGAUCACGAGAGGAAUUGAGGGAUUCGGGAGCUUCUGCCAGAGGACUUCUGAGCGGGGAACAAUUGGAGAUGCGGGUCUGGAACAAUAUGGAAGGAGCAACUCUCAGUUCAAUGAUCACGGAGAUCAGGAAGAGAAAGAGGAAGAUGUCAGUGUCACCACCAAGAAAACAGAGAAUUCAAACCUGCCUAAGGGCUCUGCUGAGUCAACCGGGGAAUUGAAACCUUUUCGGGGUGGCCAGAAAAACAAGUCCAGGAGAGUCGGAAUGGCGGAAGAAGAAAGUCACCCCUUCAAUGAACCUGAAUUUCAAGCUACCGAGUCCCUACUACCUUCUGCGGAUAAACUCUUGCAAGCCCGU